GACUCCCUUGCGCGUCCAUUGCGUCGAUAUACACGACUCAAAUGAGAAUUACAGUCAUUGCGUUGCGGUCAUUGCGUCGCGUUCGUGCAGUCAUGAGAUCUGGACUUCCUGCUUCACCGAAAUUGCAGGUGGACGCAUACGUCCACUGCAGGUGUGCCGGUAUAAGACAGCUGGCGGUCCAACCUACCAUCAGCCCAAUUGAACCAGUCAAUCGCUUUAAUUCGCUUCUUUAGACACUCGACCUCACGAUGUCACUCUCAACUCUCUGCACUGUCUCGAACGUGCAGGCAGCUCUCCCUAUCGAUGGCGCCCUCCUCGGUCUCAACUUGCUUUCUGACACAGUCACUGCGGCCCCUGUCUACAAUGCAUCAGUCGGAGCAGGCAUGGGCGCAUCCACUGGCGGCGCGACCUACAACUACUGCAAUGUCACAGUCAGCUACUCUCAUACUGGCAAGAACGACAGUAUUGCGCUCAAGUACGCUUUCCCCGAGCCUUCUAACUUUAAGAACCGCUUCUACCUCAGCGGUGGAGGUGGAUUCUCGCUGUCUUCCGACGCUACCGGUGGCCUGACCAACGGCGCUGCUUCCGGAGCUACUUCGGCUGGCUACGAUGCCUUUGACUACAGCUACGAUGAGAAGGUCCUCUAUGGCAACGGGUCCAUCAACUGGGACUCUACUUAUGCCUUUGCGUACACUGCUCUCGGAGAAUUGACCAAGAUUGGCAAGCCUCUUACACAGUCCUUCUACGGACUCAACAGCACCAAGAUCUACACCUACUUCGAGGGCUGCUCUGAUGGAGGCCGCGAGGGUAUGUCUCAGGUCCAGCGCUGGGGUGAAGAGUACGAUGGAGUUGUUGCAGGUGCCCCUGCCUUCCGCUUUGCCCAGCAGCAGGUUCAUCACGUCUACCCUGCCACCAUUGAGCAAGUCAUGGGCUACUUCCCGCCUCCUUGCGCUCUCGACAAGAUCGUCAACGCCACUAUCGCCGCCUGUGAUCCCUUGGAUGGUCGCACUGAUGGUGUCAUCUCCCGUACCGAUCUCUGCCAGCUCAACUUUAACCUCAGCUCUUUGAUCGGCGAGUCUUACUACUGUGCUGCUGAGUCCAGCAGCUCGCUCGGGUUUGGCUUCAGCAAGCGUCAGAGUGGUGGCGCUUCCGGGAGCCAGUCUUCCACUAAGCCCGCACAGAACGGUACUAUCACCGCCGAUGACAUUGCUGUUGCCCAGGCUGUCUACGAUGGUCUUCACUCAUCUGAUGGCAAGCGUGCCUACCUCUCAUGGCAGAUUGGUUCUGACCUCGGUGACGCUGAUCCAACCUACGAUAACACCACCAGCUCCUGGAAGUUGAACAUCCCCUCCACUGGUGGCAUGUACGUCACUAAAUUCAUCGAGCUCCUCGACCUCGACAACCUUGAGAACCUCGAUGGCGUAACGUACGACACCCUUGUCGACUGGAUGAACACCGGCAUGAUCCGCUACCUCGACUCGCUCCAGACCACCAUCCCCGAACUGACUCCCUUCCAAUCCUCGGGGGCGAAGCUCCUGCACUACCAUGGCGAAUCCGACCCUUCGAUCCCCUCCGCUUCAUCCGUGCACUACUGGCAGUCCGUCCGCUCGGUCAUGUACCCCAACAUGACCGACGCUGAAGCCCUCGAGGCCAUGAACGAAUGGUACCAGUUCUACCUGAUCCCCGGCGCUGCGCACUGCGGUAGCAACAGCCUCCAGCCCGGUCCCUAUCCUCAGGACAACAUGGCGACGAUCAUCGAUUGGGUCGAGAAUGGCAUCAAGCCCAGCAGUCUGAACGCCACUGUCUCGUCUGGGGACUACUCUGGUGAGGUUCAGCAAUUGUGCCAGUGGCCCACUCGCCCGCUCUGGUCUGGCAACAGCUCCACCUUCGACUGCGUCAACGACGAGGCUUCGAUUGAGAGCUGGACCUACACUUUUGAUGCGUUUAAGCUCCAGCCUGUCUGGUAGAUAUGCUUGAGAAGUUGUUAGUGACAUCCCGAUGUCAACGGGUACGAAUUGACUGCGCAUGAGAUGGGGAGUUUAAGCUUAGCGUGCAUGUUGUUAAUUUCUUUACAGUUCUGUUGUAUGUUGUAUUAUAACUUUCUGGGAGGAGCAGCACCACUUUACAGAAUACAGUGCUUUGGCUCAAUGUUUGCAUCUGCCUACAUAGAUCGAUGAAUCAUGAUAACGUCGAACAAGUCAAAAUACCUUGC